GGCUAUAAAAGGGGGCGGGGCCUCCCCGGAGGCCACUGCGCGGCCGCGGAGCUCGACAGGCGCGUUGCUCCGCCCCCGGUGAGAGUCGGAGCCACCAUGGAGGAGUACCACCGCCACAGCGACGAGGUAGGCUUCAAUGCUGAUGAGGCCCACAAUAUCAUCAAAGAGUGUGUGGAUGGGGUGUUAGGAGGUGAGGAUUACAAUCAAAAGAAUAUCAAUCAGUGGACUGCAAGCAUAGUGGAGCAAACACUUGCACAUUUGGUUAAGCUGGGGAAAGCUUACAAAUACAUUGUGACUUGUGCAGUGGUCCAGAGGAGUGCAUAUGGCUUUCACACAGCCAGCUCUUGCUUUUGGGACACCACAUCUGAUGGAACCUGUACCGUAAGAUGGGAAAAUCGAACCAUGAACUGCAUUGUCAAUGUUUUUGCCAUUGCAAUUGUGCUGUGACCGUCGAAAAAUAUUGGGCUAAAGCCAUUAACUUACGAAUUUGUCAGUGUAUCCUUUCCAAAAAGAAUAAUACUUAUUACUAUGUUAGAAGACAAGUGUGUAAUAUGCUUCAAAGCUAUCGACUAAAUCUAUUAUAAGCAAGUAAUCUCAGUGUGUUAACAGAUUAUCUCAUAUUCAUUAAAAUAGGAAACAUUAACAUAGGAAAAAUUAAUAUUAUAAUAAAAUAAAUGGAGAAAUAUGGCAUGACAAAAAAUAAAAUCUUAUAUUUACACCAGCUUUUCACUAACCUUAUUAUGUACCUAAGGAGACAAGAAAAUCUAUUCAGAAAACAACAUGAUCUUUCAGCUACACAAUUUCCCGGAAAUAAAUAUGUGACCAAAAAAGCUACAAGGAAAGAUGUGGAGAAAUGAUAAGAAUUAACUAACACCUCUUAAGUUUUUUUUUUUAUUUCUUAUCCUUACUUAAUUGUGUAUAAUAUUCAGUGAAAAGUAAUUCUCUUCUUUUUUCUACAACUAAUGUUAUAGUAUGAAGUGAUUGACUUGUUCACUUUUUCUGAGAAAUGAUGAAUGAAUUUUUAAAAAAAAAAUCAAUUUCUCAGAUUUAUACUUGAAGUUGAAUUAAAUCUGAUAACCUGAAAUUCCUGAUUAAGCAAAAUUAGUUAUACCAUAUGAUGAACAGUAUGUGAUUCAGACAACUGCCUUAUAAUCCACUCAUCCAUGUGAAAGAAACAUCGGAUGCCUGUGUGAACGUAUUUCUCUGUUAGGCAUUACAGUUAUCAAUGUGUUGUUCAAAUACAAGUUCCUUUUGGCAGCUGUUCAGUUGAAGAACUAGCACUUUUGUUUAGGGGAAGAAAAAAAGAGGUUAUUUAUAAGAAAGCAGAAAAGUCUGGCUGUCCACAAAGGAGUUAGCAAAAUGAAAAGCACUUACUGGUGACAGAAUUAUGAACAUAAUUUUAAGAGUUGUAUCUAGCAAAUUAAAAAUGCAUUAAAUAUGCAACUCUUAGUUAAAGGCCUUAUUAGUAGUCUUAACUAUACAAGUAGUGAAUUUUAUCAUUGUUUUAGUUACAACCAUUUGUAAAUAAUUUUAAAAACUUAGAGGGACUGUAAAUUGGAAGGAGUAAAGUCUAAAAUACAAAUAUACAAUCAUUAGCAAGCUAUCUAAUAUCUCAGGGCUUAAGAACUAUUUUUAAAUUUAUUAAGAGAAUAAAAGAUAAAAGAUUAGGGUACACAGCUGGCCACCAAGUGCGAAGUCAAUCUGGUAUUUAACCUUGAAAGCAAAAUCAAUCUUGCAUAUUACCAUUAACAAUAUAGUGGAGACUAGAAUCAUCACUUACUUUUUUUUGAGGCAUCAUCUCACAGUGUAGCCCAGACUGGCCUGGAACCCACAGCAAUUUGCCUGCCUCAGCCUCCUGAGCUGUUCAAUUUUUGGAGAAAAGAAAAGCUUAGUAUUAGUCUUGAGGAUAUUAAGGAAGUAUUAUUGUAGGAGUGCUAUUUGUGUGCUUGUGAAUAACAGUAAUUGUUCAACAUUUAAGAAAAAGAUUAAGAAAAUAAAAGUAUAGAAUUUAAUACAAUGACCUGUGUUUUGGAUGCAGCAAAAAUUUUCAGCCAUUACCUUUAUGUUACCUCAUGCUGCUCAGGCUUUGGUGCUCCUGGAGAUUAUAAUAGUGACCAAAAUAUCUGCAUAGUUAAGACUCAUUUUUGAUUGUUUUUGAAGCCUGGUUUCAAAAAAUCAAAUUAUACCUCGUGAGCUUGCUCUCUGCUCUGUUUCUAGUUACAACAUAAUAAAGAUUAUCUUUCUGUACUGUA